AUGGCUCAAGAACAUCUGGUUCAGCUUUCUGCGUAUGGCGAGUCGUUGCUCACAUCGUGUGAGAAGCGAGUCUGUGCCGGUCCUAGUCGUCGGAAGAGAUCAUGGAGCUGCGACUUCGUGUUUCCAAGGAGGACGUGUUGUGCGGAACUGCCUUAUGUGUUUGCUAAUGUUCUCACAGAACAUAUGAAAUCGGCUUCAUCCCGUCCAGCUAGUAUGUGUAUGACGCCACGACAGGAUCCUUUAACGUUCGAGGUGCUAACGUUGAUACAACAAAAUGCACGGAUAUUGACUAAUGUCGAGCUGAUGUAUUCACGGAAGGAUCCUCUCGGACGCGAUAUUUGUGCGUAUUUGGGCAACGAUGGAAUUCGUCUCGUGUUUCACCCUGUCACCCAACUACUCCGAUUGAUUGAGGUCGACAAUCUUUCUCAAAUUGUGCUCAAGUAUAAGGAGAAAAUCUUCUCAGAACCUGGUGCUGAAGUCAGCAUGGACAAAGUCGACGAAUUCUUCGGUUCUACACACCCAGGA